GUUUGCAAGCCCUUUUUUCUUUUUUAUUUUUUAUUUUUUUAUUUUUUUAUUUAUUUAUUUAUUCUUCUUUAUUUCAACGUCUUUUCUUAAACGAUUUUCGAUUAAUAAAAGAGAAAUGCUGACUAAAGGAGAACCUGUUCUGUACGCAGCCUCGCCUAGGAAAAGGUCACCAUCGCCUUUGACUAUCAUUCUCCUUCUUGUAGGAACACUAGGUGCAAUCAAAUUUAUUCAGUCUCUUAGAGCAACACCAACCAUCCCGCAGCAACAGCAGCCCUAUUUUGAACCGAUGAUACAGCAAACUGUGAAAGAGGCAGCCACCGACAAAUUACCGCAAAAAUCAGUGUUGCCUAUUCCACCUGCUCUUGAAAUGGAAAUAUCACCAGCAUGUGAAAACGUAGAUUUUCAUUGGUUAAUUAAUGACAGACAAUUUUGGGAUGGCUGGGAAUCCAAAGUCAUGUUUAUGCGUACAGACGGAAAAUUUACUCGAAAAAAUGUCAAGAUUACAGAAGGCGAAUCCGUCUGUGUUGUUGCUAUGACAGGACCUAUACCAGCAGCAGGAGCGAUCAAACAUGUCGUUCAUUAUGCUCCAGCUGAUUCGAUUAUUUUGACAGCGCAGAGUGAUACUGAGGGUGUAAAAAUGCCACUCACGUUAAAAGCACAUGAGAAAGAGCGCAAUAUCUAUUUUGCGUCUGCUCGAUUCACGCAUUCUGGCGUCUAUCAUUUGAAUGCAAAGUUGGAAUAUCGAUCUUAUUUCUGGGAGCAGCCCUCCUUCCACGCCUACUCGCCUAUACAAUUUCUAUCUAAAAAUCUGUUGAUUGUAGACAAAAAGACAAGCAAACCACAACAAGGUGCCAGUGAUAGCAAGCAAGAAAUUUGCAACAUCCGUAACAAUGUUGCUUCGAACGAGCAAACAUCAUUGGAAAGUAGUGUUUGGAUAAAUAGUAGAGGAAAGAAACAGUACGAUUGGAAGACGGCUCAAAAGUUACAGAGCUUUUCUAUGACGAACAGUAACUAUACGUUUGUUCCCAAUUGUAAAAUCGAUCAAGAAGGAGCGAACUGUUUAUUGAAGAAGACGAUUCAUAUGUGGGGCGAUAAACAUUUGCAAAGAAAUUUGGAAAGCUUGAUGGCCGAUACAACCGUCAGUAACCUGAAUGAUGCUUGUAACGACGGAAAUUUGUUUGAAGGAGCAGCAAUAUCAACCGUCGAUGUGAAUACGCCAUUCCUUUUGAACCAAAACAGCACAGCUGUCCAUUUUGGAAGUAUCGAUACACAAAUAGCCCAAUCUUUCCAACAAUGGGCUGGAGAUAUGAUCGGCAAAGCUCGAGAACUACCAUUGGCUGAUAUUGUGGUCAUUGGCGUAGGCAAUGAAGAUUUGUCCAUGGCUAGACAGAAUCCAGAAGAAUUUGCACAGUCAUACUAUGCCUUCUUAUUCUACAUUGCAAAUACCAUCUAUCCUUCACAGCCGAUUAUUGUUAAAACAACGCAGUAUGCCAGCGUUAAAUCAGGCGCAUCCAAUUAUGGACGUAGUUUGGCCUUCGCCAAUAUCAUCAAGAGCUCAGUAUCUGCCGUAUCUGCCGUAUCUCCCAAUAGACGGAAUCCCAUACUUGUCUGGGAUACGUACUCAUUAGGAUUCAGUGAAAAUGAGUGUAGAAAUAGCUUAUAUUCAACAGCUGAUGCGCUGACAUUGGAAAAUAUGCUACUUACAAACCUUGUCUGUUAAAAAAAAUCGUCCUCCUUGUUGACGUCAACAUUCUUGCCAACUUCAUCAUCACCCUCAUCACGAUUCAAUCAAUUGUAUAUACUUUCUCAACAUCCCUCCUUUUGUACCAAUAUAGAUUGUACCUCUUAAUUUAGAUAGUCUUUUCGGCAGAAAACUCACC